AUGUCGGCUGGCGUCGGGUCUUGGCGCUACAUGGCGCCAGAGGUGGCGCGCGGGGAGCAGUACACCGACAGGGGGUCGGCGGACUCCUUCGCGCUGGUCAUGUGGUUCAUGAGCACGGGGCAGGCUCCGUACGUCGAGGAGUUUGGGGUGGACGCGGUGGAUGUCCUGGAAGACUUCGCGAGGGGCAGUGAGCCGAGGCCCAGCAUCGGCAGGGGCAGCGGCGUUGUGGGCAGCUCAGGAGCCGCGUCCACGGCCAUGCGCCGGCUGGUCGAGGACUGCUGGCACGUGUGCGCGGCGGCGCGCCCGUCGGCGCACCAGUGCGUGCUGCGCCUCGCCGAGGUGACGGUCUUGGCCGAGCAGAGGAGCUGGUCCAGGGGCGCUGGUAUAGCCAGCCGGAAGUCUCUGCCUCUAGCAUCCCUUCGCGGGAAGCCAAGCAUUUGA